AGUCUCGUCUCCUCCAUCUGUAGCAUCUGUCGCUAACCGGGCCCGUCCACUUUUGAUCUAGGCAAAGUCAAUGUGUCUUAAACAGACGCCAUACCGUGGCCGGCGGCUUGCAAUAGUUGCACUUCCUCGCACUUUCUGCGCUGCCGUGGUGUUGCAUUCGGCCACGUCACACGCGUUCGCAGCCCAUCGCCAGAGCGCGGCGGCUGAGGUUAGGGCGACUACUUUACACCGUGGAUAAAAGUCAUCACGGGUCAACAACUUCAGAAGACUCCGUCACUGUGGAACAAAGAGCAUGGACCAGCUCCCGGACAACGUUCUGGUCCUGGUGUUGCAGCACGUGGAAGUGCGGGACCUGUUCACCUGCCGCCUCGUGUGCAAGCGGCUCGGGCGCCUUGCCAUGCUGCCGGACGUGUGGCGACACCAAAACCUGCACCGAGGAUCUGCUGCCUACAGUCCCGCAUUGGUUUCUUUGGUGCUGCGUCUGGCGCCACGCCUCAGGUUGUUGUAUGUAAGGCUCUCCGCAGAGAAGCGUUACCAGUGGGCGUAUGCCUCGACCAGAUGUGCCGUUGCGAAAUUGCGGUUAAAAGUUGGAGGGAAAGGAGCUACGGGAGCCUCGGACGCCGCAGCGAUGAUCUGCAGGCAGGAGAUGCUCGGUCGGCUCGAAAGCAUUCACAUUGGGAUUCAUAUACCGAGGGCAAUCGAAGUCCCCACCCUGUGGGGCACGCUGGCGUCGACAUCUCGCUUGAAAUCCCUUAGAGUCAUCGUGCAGAACCUGGCCCUGGCGGACUGGACGCCGCCAAUCACAGCCGCACCCGUUCUGAGCACUCCCGUGCUCACAUCGUCGCUGGGGGCCUUCCGAUCCGACCUUUUGCCGGGGUUGACGCCCUACGCGAGCAAGAUCCUUGCUGGGCACGCCCCCACCCUCGAAAGAGUCGUCUUGAAGGGCGGCGCCCACAGCAUGACCUCGACCACCACGGCGUCCCUGCUGGCCGCCAUGCCGAACCUCAAGGUACUAGAGUGCUGCAACCUCCCCGGACUGAGUGCCGUGGCAGCUUGCGAGUUGCUCGAGGUUUUGCACCUCACGAUAAGGACCGAGAUUGAAAACAGACCUCAUGCCGCGGAGGCCGCAAAGCUGCUCCUGCGCUCGAAGCACCUGCGCGAUGUCCGUCUCGAGUACGCGCCUGCCAUCAGCAGUACCGCGGACGUGGGCGCGGACAUCGUCCUGGCCCUCGCGUCGUCGGGGUCCCCCUUGGAGAAGCUCGCCAUCACGAACAAGGGCUGCGGCGGCGGCCACUUCCCCCAGAUGUACCCGCUCAUGAGCGCGCUGCCCAGGCUGGGGGCCCUGCGGCGCCUGCAGGUGGACGCGCAGGCCGACUUCCUGCUGCUGGCCAUCACCCCCACCACGGCGCCUGCCCUGGAGCAAGUCGACGUCUCCCUCUCCGACGGGGUCUGCGCCCACGCCUGGUGCCACGGGGACGCGGUGAAGACCGCCGUGCCGGCCAACCCGUCGCUGCACAUCAGGUUCAAGGCCUCGACGGUCGUUUACUGUGGCGAGAACUCCUGCGCGGAAGCCUGUUCCGUGGGCUGCCACACCGUGCUGAGGGACCGUAUAGCAGUCAACGGUGAAACCUGCUUCUUGUUGUUCUCUCAUGACACUGCGACCAAGUGUUCACUGGACCACACUACUGACGGCCAGUUGCCAUUCGCAAUGUUCGAGAAAGAAGCCGCUCCCCGCUCUAUGCCGACACCGUGACGUGAAGACCGUCCUGUCUGUCAAUCGCCUAACUCCAUGUAAAUCUAGAUCCCAUGAAAAUAGUAUGUUAUGAUGUUGGUGACGACGAUGAUGGUAGGCUCUGCUAGGCAUGUCAAUUGGACUUCUAGGGUGAACUGACUGUGAGGGGGAUUGGUUUCGGUUGCUUGGCGUUUUUCUGACGACCCUUGAAACGAAUGUUCUGAGGACGACGAGCUCUGGAUCCAUUUGCCUCUACUAAAAUGUGUACUAAACGAUGAUGUAUCUGUUUUUCCGUUUGCAGCUUAAUUGUUUUGUUUUCUUUUGGCAAGUUCUGGUUCUUGUAUUAAUUUUCUCCGAUGUCGUUUAAGGAAUUAAAGGCCGACUGCCUUCCUCAGAAACACUUGCAUUCUCAUUACUCCUCCACACCACCAGCCAGGACACGAUGUCCCGUAGACAGCGCACGUCUCCGUUUCUCUGCCGGUCGUGUCUCAGACACACACACGGGAAGCAGAUAUUUUUCGCGAGCGGUCGCUGUUGGCGAGCUUGUCGAACCGGAUACUACGCA